AUGAACUUCCUAAAUUCACUCAAAACCGCUAGUCUAGCGCAUUUUCAUAAUUCAUUCACCACAAGACUAAUAAAACCAUCAUUACUCACAAGGUCAAUUUCCACAUCUAUCCCUUUAUCAUCAUCUACAUCCAAGAACAAAAUAAAGAACUAUGACAAAUAUUAUAAAAUCUUGAAAUAUACAAAAUCAAUAGAUGAAACUGAAUAUCAAGUAGGACAAUCACAUCCUAGUGGUUUAAGAAUUCCAAAAGAAAUCCCAGAAUUUCCAAAAUAUAAAUAUGAAACACGUUUUUUUAAGAGACAAAAUAGAGGAUUAUACGGAGGAUUACAACGUAAAAGAUCUAAAACAUGUUCAGAAUAUUUUAAUAAGAAUUUGAGAAGUCAUGUACCAAAUAUUAGAAGAGCUAAAUUAUGGUCUGAAAUAUUGAAUAAAAAAAUAAAUACAAGAGUUUCAACAAGAGUUUUAAGAACUUUAACUAAAGAAGGUGGUUUAGAUGAAUAUUUAUUGAAAUCAAGUCCUGCAAGAUUUAAAACCAUGGGAUUAUUAGGUUGGAAAUUAAGAUAUCAAUUAAUCAAUAAAUUAGAACAAAAUGAAAGAGGAUUUGAUACUAAACAAAAACCCAUUACUUUUAUCCAUAAUGAUGGUCGUAAAUUUAUCAAAUCAAAAGAUGAAUUAUUAAAUGUAUUAUAUGAUUAUGUUCAAAAAGAUAGUUAUUAUCCUGUUCCACCUAAAAUUUUUGUGAAAGAAUAUGGCUAUUUAUCUAUAAAAGAUAUUGUAAAUAAAUUAGAUUCCUAUAAUCAUGAUUUUAGUGGAUCAAUCUUGUAA